AUGGGAAGCUACAGGAGCAUGUCCUCCUCUCACCACAGACCCAGAUAUGUCAGCUGGUGUAUGGACUCUCCACCACCCGUGGCUACAACAGCCAAUCCAGAAGAAUUUUCUCACCAAAAUCAACAGUCAGCUGGUGCAGGAUCGAUCCCAAUUCUCCUGCUUUCACCAGCAGAAACGAGUGGAGGAGGAACAGAUGCACUACAGCUAACUUUCACAUGGGAGACACAUCACAAGGCCUUUACACAUCCCCAUCACACCCAGUGCAACCCACAUUCCAACACUGCUUCAACCACACAAAACACAGACAAAGUAAAUAGUCGUAUUGAUGAGGCUGAGGAUGAUGACAUAAGGAAAUGUAGAAAAGGGAAUUUCACACCUCCAGAGCUGGACAACAGGAGCAAAGAGCCCCAAUCUCUUCUUUAUCCAGAGGACAACAGCUUCCAUCUUCCUAGAAGCAGUCCAGUCAUCUCCAGACGCCACAGGCCUGUCUCCUGGCACGGAGGGGGAACUGACACGUCUGCUCCAUCAAGCUUGGAUUCCCCAGCACCUGUGCCUGGUUCAGUGUCCCUGAAUCAGCUUGGGUGCCUGACAGCCACCAGUAUGGAGGAUUUGGGAUCCAAACCCAGCUCCAGUCGCAGAUCAUCCCAGGUCAAGGAGGUCAAGGAGCCACGCUGUGUCUCGGUUUCAUCAAAUCUGAACCAUUUCCUCAGUGCUGGGAUCCACCUUCCCUUCAGUGGACAGCAGGGAUUGGCUGACGAGCACAGAGGACAGGGCCUGACCAGCUGUGAUGCCCUGCACACAUCAGGUCUCUCUACAUCAACACAACACAGCAGAGAUAGAAGCAGCAGUGGUAUCCCAGAAAUCUCUGCAGAAGUCUUCAAGACCACUUGUGAGCUGGAAAAGGAAAACGCUCAUUUCAUUGUGGUGGACAUGGUGCUGGAUGUGCUGGAAGGUGCAAAGUGGACUCUGAGCUUUGAUCGAUGGACCUCCGCUACGGAUUCACAGCAAAACACAUGCCGCAAGACGCGCGCACACACAGAAUCUGCACUGGAACUGAAGCAGAGACGUAAGGCAUGCAGACGCAGUACAGUGAACGCCAAACAAGAGGUUAACAUGAAGCAUGCUGUUGGAGACAAUAAGACAUCACACAGAAACACACACUUAUUUAAAAGUUAUGCACACUGGCACAAUCCGAAUAAAGAAGAGGAGGAAGAAGGGAAAAAGGAACAUCUGCCAAAGACAUUCUCUGUCCUCUCCACUGACAGUGGAUUUGAAGACUGUGGAGUAGACACUAUGUUGACACAAAGAGAUUCUCUCAGAAAUGCAGAGUGGCUGGCCCAGCAGCUGGUGGUGGAGUUUAAGAAGAGCUGGCUUCCUUUCAACAGGCCUCAGCGUGGCAGGCUGAGUCUGCGUAGCUCGCUUCAGGAGUUGCCAGGUACCGGUGAUGUGGCAGUGAGCAGCGAGAGCCUGGCUGAAGAAAUCAGACUGAGGACCAGGAUGAGAGGAUCCCUGUGUUGGGCACCUCCACGCUUCCAGAUUAUCUUCACUGUGCAGCCCACACACAGACGCAGUGAUGUAGUGGCGUUACAACACUUCCUGUGUGCAGGCUGUGGGACAGAGAUAGAGCCCAGGUACAUAAAGAAACUGCGGUACUGUGAAUACCUUGGCAGGUAUUUCUGUGACUGCUGCCAUAGCGGCUUUGAGGCCGUGAUUCCUGGUCGAGUUCUUUCCAGCUGGGACUUUAGCAGAUACCCUGUGAGUGACUUCUCCAAACAGUUGCUGGAUUCAGUGUGGCAUCAGCCUCUGUUUGACCUGACCAGUGUUGGUAAGACACUCUACAGCAAAGUGAAGGAGCUGGACAAGUUCAGGGAACUGCAGGAACAGCUGCUGGGCAUCAAGAAGCUGGUGAAAACCUGCAGGUUAUCAGAAGGGUUGAUAAAUGAGUUUGACCAGCUUCCUUGUCACCUGACUGAGCAGCCACUCCUCUUCUCCAUGGAUGACCUCUAUAAGGCGAAGAAGGGUCAGCUUGUAGCACAGGCCAAAGCACUGCUGUGCUCUGGUUUAGAUCAUGUUGAAAGCUGUGAGCUGUGUCUGGCUCGAGGUUUUAUCUGUGAGUUCUGCAGAGAAAGAAACGUCAUCUUUCCUUUUCAGAAAGAUGUAUGUAAGCGCUGUCCAGUAUGCAAGGCCUGCUUUCACAAACUAUGUUUUGUGGAAAAGAAGUGUCCUAAAUGUGCACGGAUCCAGUCACGGAAAAAAACGUUCUGAAUCCAUGAAGUGAGACAUCUGAACAUCUGCAACUCAGUACCAAAGCCUUAUUUUACUAGUCUCAAAACACCUGUAAAUGAAAUGUAAAUGAAUAUACUAAUCCCUAAAUAACUUUAUGCUGUAAAAUGUUUAACUGUAAACUGUAAUAACGCUUAUAUCUUGCUUUCUAAAAAUCCAUGUUAGAUAUUUGAAUGCCUCUCAAAUAAUACUGUAUCUCCUGUGAGAAUAAAAUUGGUAUGAGUUACUCUAUAACUCAAGCUUUAUAUACUUCA